GUUAUCUCACUGGAGUUCCGCCUUUAGAGGGCGCUCGUGUAACCGAAGCAAUGAUACACAUCCAAGUCUAGGAGAAGAAAAGAAGUGAGCGAGGGAAGGGAAAGGGAACAUAAACAUGUGAAGUGGAACACAGCCGCUCAUUCUGCUCUAAAUCUGAUGUGUUUUUCAGACUGAGAAGAAGCAAGCAGGAGAAAUUACUCCUGGAGAAACUACUGACAUACUAUUGUAAGGAUGGAGGAAGAACCCUGCAGAAUAAAAGAUGAAGAUACAGAGGAACAAACAGACAUGAAAGUGAAUGAAGACAAACACCAUAAUUUCAUAAAUCAAGAUGGGAAACUGAUAUAUGAAAAUGAAGACAAAUAUUAUCUGUUUCCAGAACCUCAUUUCAAAAAUGAAGAUGGAAAUGCUGUCGUUUUAAAGACUGAAGAGAAUUUCACUCAGAAACAAGAUGGAAAAUCUGGAGUCAAAGGAUAUUCCACCUGCUCUGAGUGUGGAAUGUUUUACAUGCAUAAAUCAGACCUUAAGAGACACAUGAGAAUUCACAAUGGAGAAAAUCUGUUCACAUGCACUCAGUGUGGAAAAAGUUUCAGUCGCAAAGGAAACCUUAAUGAGCACAUGAGAAUUCAUUCUGGAGAAAAUCCGGUCACAUGCACUCAGUGUGGAAAGAGUUUCAGUCGCAAAGGAAACCUUAAUGAGCACAUGAGAAUUCACUCUGGAGAAAAACCGUUCACAUGCACUCAGUGUGGAAAGAGUUUCACAUCCAAAAGCUUUCUCAACAAUCAUCUGCGCUCUCACUCUGGUGUGAGAUCAUUCAGCUGUGAUCAGUGUGAUAAAACGUUCGUUUUGGCAUCAAGCUUAAAAACACACCUUAAAAUUCAUACUGGUGUAAAACCUAAUUUUUGUUCUUAUUGUGGAAAAUGUUUUACAAGACUGCACAAUUUAAAAGAGCAUGAGCGUAUCCAUACUGGUGUGAGACCUCAUGUUUGCUCUGACUGUGGGAAGAGCUUCACUACAUCAGGCGCAAUAAAACAACACCAGAGAAUUCAUACUGGAGAGAAAUCGUACGAGUGCUCACACUGUGGAAAGAGUUUCAGUCGGUCAGAAUCGUUGAAAAUUCAUGAGAGAGUUCAUACUGGAGAGAAACCGUACGAGUGCUCACACUGUGGAAAGAGUUUCGCUCAGUCAGGAAACCUGAAAGAUCAUGAGAGAGUUCAUACUGGAGAGAAGCCGCACCAGUGCUCUUCAUGUGGGAAGAGUUUCACCAAUUUAUCUAAUAUGCAGACUCAUAUGAAAAAGCGUUGCCUGAAUUUGUCUAAUGAGCAAAUGUUUAUGAUCAGAUCCAUUACUUACAAAUAAUACACUUACAAGUAAAUAAUUUGACAUUCAGAUGAAUCAAAAGCUGGAUAAUUUGCUAAAAUUAGUAGUGAAGUUUGAUUGUUUGACAAGGGGAACCUUUGGGGGAAGGUCAAAAUAAUAGUUUAGAAAACUAGUGUGUUGCCAUAAAAUAAUAUGUGAAGGGAUAUGAUUUAGGAAGGGAUGUGUUUUGUUUCUUUGUGGAGCUCAGUUAUUUUCAUUAAUUAUGCAUUCGAGGCAUUUGUGUACAAGUGGCAACAAUAGUCUAUUAAAUCAUAAUCCAUAUUUCAAACAACUUGUUUUAGCUGUUUGGAUGUGAUGCAUUAAGAUAUUGAAGACUUUUUUGGGGAUUGAAAUCACUCUGCACAAUGUGAA